AAAAAUCAGAAAAUGAAUCGAUUUAUUGCGCUUGUUUUAUUACCAGCAUUUGUAUUGGGUUGCUGCCCUCCAAAACAAUGGAGAGGUAUGGUGUUUGUAGAUUACUCAAUGCGGGGUGCUGAUGGAAUGGGUCACCGGACUGAGAUGUCGGAAGGUCUGAUUUACGAUCAAACAGCAAGGAAGUUGGUUACAAAUCAAACAUUAAGUGUAGACGGGGGACCUGAAUUUUACCAGGUAGCUUUACUAGACUACAAUACGGGCAUGGAGUACAUAGUCCGGGAUAACAAGUGUACGACAAUGAAUAUUACAACCAUGGAACCAGGGUGUAUACCAACUAAUGCAACUGUAGUGAAACAAUCAUACAUUGGUGCUGGAGCAGCUAUGGUUAAAACAACAAUGUACAGAUUUGUAGAGGGACAAAUGCUUGUUUACCUUACUGUUGCGGAUGAUGGCUGUGUUCCAGUUAUAUACGAGAGUGCAGGAAUGAACAGUAAAGGAGAAUCCGUUAAAAUGGGAAUACAGUAUUUGGGAAUUGAAGCAGUUGCGUCUGAUGCAUCAGUAUUUAAUUUACCAGCCAGUUGUAGUAUGAGUUGACGUGUUAAGGCUAGUGAUUGCUGAUUGACUAUUACGGGUAACCCUUUUUCGAAUAAAAUUUGAAAUAUA